CAAAACCACGUCGUUUGGCCUUUCUUUCCGACAGAAGGAAAACCCCAAUUUUGAUCCAAACUCUCAAGUGCUUCUUUUUUCAAAAGAUCCUGACGAGGUCAUACAAACCCUCGGGAGGAUAUUUGUGCCACGUCUCUCAAAUCUUUUAGAGAGAGAAAAAUGGCGGAAUUUCUCUCUCUCCCUUCAUCAUCCGCAAGAGCAACGUUAGCUGCUAAAUUAUCAACAGUUCCUAAAAAUUUAGCCAUUUUUGGCUCCUUUUACUCUUUACGUGGCUUCAAUUCUCUUUCAUCUUUCAAUCUUACUUGUUCUGCUUCUCAACGAUUCAUUCCUCGUAAGUUUUCCAAGCUCCAAGUUCAAGCAACAAUUUUGCAAGAUGAAGAGGAGAAGAUAAAAAAAGUCGAUGAAUCUUUUCAAUCAAAGACUAUAGCAGAUGAAAUAGGGAAAGGGUGCAGUAAAGCAAUACCAUUAGGGGACUCGACAUCCAAUGAUUUUGAUGGAUGGAUAAUCAAACUAGAGCAGUCUAUCAAUAUUUUCCUCACGGAUUCCGUGAUUAAGAUACUUGAUACUUUGUAUCAUGACAGGCACUAUGCAAGGUUCUUUGUCCUGGAAACCGUUGCAAGAGUCCCUUAUUUUGCCUUUAUAUCUGUGCUACAUAUGUACGAGAGUUUUGGCUGGUGGAGGAGAGCUGAUUACUUGAAAGUCCAUUUUGCUGAGAGCUGGAAUGAGAUGCACCACCUUUUGAUCAUGGAGGAAUUGGGCGGGGAUGCUUGGUGGAUCGAUCGCUUCCUUGCUCAACAUAUUGCUAUCUUUUAUUAUUUUAUGACAGUUAUCAUGUAUGCGGUUAGUCCAAGAAUGGCAUAUCAUUUCUCUGAAUGUGUUGAGAAUCACGCAUUUGAAACUUAUGACAAGUUCAUCAAAGCUCAAGGAGAUGAACUGAAGAAGCUCCCUGCACCAGAUGUGGCUGUGAAAUACUAUACGGGUGGUGACUUGUACUUGUUUGAUGAAUUCCAAACUUCCCGAGUUCCUUGCUCCCGAAGGCCAAAAAUAGAGAAUUUGUAUGAUGUGUUUUUGAAUAUAAGAGAUGAUGAAGCUGAACAUUGCAAGACAAUGAGAGCUUGCCAGACUCAUGGAAACCUCCAAUCUCCUCAUUCAUCCUCAGAAGAUAUUGAUGAUUCAGAAUGUGUUCUGUCACAAGAUUGUGAAGGUAUAAUAGAUUGUAUAAAGAAAUCAGUUACAACUUCUCAACGAGCAAACAAAACAUGACACAGGAUAGUAUACAUAUAUAUUAAGAAAUCAUCACAAUGAUAAAAAAUAGCCAGUGAAAUCUUUUAAUUCUAUAAAAAAAAAAAAAAAAAAAAGCUGCACAAAGUUUUGUGUAUUACAACCCGGGUUGCCUAUUUUCUAUGAUUAGCUGUGGCAGUUUGCUGUAGAUAGGGUUGAAUCUAUAAUGUUUAAGCAGAUAAGAAUUAUACUAUGCUACAGUUUUCUUGAAAAGUUGGCCAUGUGACAACUUACAAUCUCUAUAAAGACAGUAAUGACAAGCACAUGUAAAUUUUGGAAGCUGAUUAAAUAUACAAUUUAUUGACAAAUUUGUGAAUAUAA